AUGUCCAACGUGGCCAAACCGAAGGCGGUAGGAUCUAAGCGGAGGCUACGAUCCCUUCGAAGACUAUUUGACGAAGCGACCGAGUGUUACUCGGUACUCUUCCAAAGCCGCGAACGCACCGUAACUGAUAUCGCCCUAUGUUGCGACCUGGUCGUCCUGGCGGACGAGGCUCGGAUUGGCUACCCGCCGAGUCGGGUAUGGGGUUGUCCUACAACAGCCAUGUGGGCGCAUCGAAUUGGACCGGAAAAGGCGAAGAGAAUGCUGUUUACGGGUGAUCUCAUAGAUGGCAAGGAAGCUGCAUCGAUGGGCUUAGUUUUGAUGUGUGUUCCUGGGGCUGAGUUGGAAGAGACAGUGAAUCUGUUGGCGAACCGAAUCAAGACUGUGCCUGUCAACCAGCUCUUGAUGCACAAACAGGACAUCAACAGUGUGAUUGCGAGUUCUGUGCGGUCGAGCCAACGCUUGGCAACCAUCUUUGAUGGCAUCACGCGAAAUUCGCCCGAGGGCAUUGUUUUCCAGAACACGGCGAUGCUGUCCGGCUUCAAAAUGCAGUGA